GCCCCACCCUGCUCCCGCCGUGCCUCACGCGCGCCGCCAUUUGAACGGGGCCAUGGAGGGGCUGGCGGCGCUGCCCGAGGUGUGGCGGCUCUACUUCGCUUCCGUCCGCGCCGCCACCUUCCGCAACUGGCCCUUCACCGAGGGCUGCGCCUGCACGCCCGAGCGGAUGGCGGCGGCGGGCUUCGUGCACUGCCCCAGCGAGAACAGCCCCGACGUGGCGCAGUGCUUCUUCUGCCUCAAGGAGCUGGAGGGCUGGGAGCCCGAGGACGAUCCCCUGGAGGAACACAAAAAGCACUCUGCGGACUGUGGUUUUCUUUCUCUUCAGAAGGAACCUGCUAACUUGACGGUGCAGGAGUUCCUGAAGCUGGACAAAAUGCGAAUGAGGAAGGCGCUUAAAAAAGAGAUUUCUCAGAAGAUGACCAAAGUUGAAGAUAAAGCCAAGAUCCAGCGUUGUAGUAUAAAGAAUCUGGUCUAGACUGCUGCAGUUUCAUAGUUGCCAGUGACAUCCGUCUUGUCCACAUGUUGUGGCACUGCCCCUGUGACUUAAUGGGUGUGUUUUCCUGAGGCUGCUUCCAGACUGGCUGUCCCUGAGAAGGAGAGAGAAUUCUGCUUCACUCCUUUGAGUCUGUCUGGGAAGUACCUGGUGUUUGAUGCAUUGCAUACAUAAUCCUUUUCUGCAGGGAUUCUCCUAAUUUUCCUGCUGUUUUUUUAAAGGAUUAUUACUUACGGAUUUACUUGUUUUCUUCUAACUUUUUUUUUUUUUUUUUAAUCCAGCUGUUUAGCAAUAUUGCUGUCUCAUAGAGAUACUGGUAGCUCUGGUGCUUAAACUUGUAUUUCUGAUAGGAGUUGACAUGCAUUUCCAUUUUUGUACUGAAUAUACUGAUGCUUUUAGAUACUUUGGGGCAUAGAAAGGGGAAGGAGUUUCAAAAAUACUUCAAGGAUUUAGGAUUGUGGCUAAUAGCAUUGAGUUAUACCACACUUUAGUGUGCCUGGAAUUCUUGUAAACUUCUGUUUGUAGUUGGCUGCUGCCUCGUGUUGAUGCAUUUAUAAAUAAAAGUUGAAGGCAGAACAACAGAAUAGUUUUACUUGAUUUUCUAGAGGACAAGAAUCUGACCUUUCCUGCAAUGGGCUGCACUGAAUGCAGUUUAAACAUCAAAAAGGAAAAUAAGGUCUUCAGUUACAGAUUGCAGUGCUGUUGUUCAAGUGUCAAACUCUAGUAAGCAGUGUUAAGCAUUUUAGACAAUUCAUAGGUAUUGAAAUUCAUUUGUGUCUGGGAAGGUUUGAUUUGUCCCUUUGUUUGGAAGAAAAAAAUUUGCAGAAUCAUGUGCAGUCAGAGAGGAAUUGUGCUCUGAACUACCAGAAAGGAAUGCGGCAAUCCUGGAGAAAAUAUCUGACUGUUGCAGGGCCCGAGGUGAUCACACAGAGUUGUGGAUUCUACAGACAGGACUGGACACACGUGAUCAGGUGCUCCCAAAGUCAAAGAACCUUCAGCUUUAUUUGGGGAAAAAGUUUGUUGUAAUAACACACUGAUGAGAACAAUG